GUGUAUACACACAAGGUCAACACAUAAAACAAGAUAAACUACACUUUGUACAACACCGAUAGAAGGGUUCACACAAUAUAGGCAAUAAACAGUGUAUUUGUAUUUAUAUACUUGUAUGCUCAUACGAAAAAGUUUGAUGUGGAAUUUACAAAAAUGAGAUACGAAACAUAUAGAAACUUGUUUGUAAUUUCCAUUAUAUUUUUGCCAUACAUGUUUACAAAAUAUUUCUUAAUAUGUUCUCUUACGUAUUUUGUUUACAAAAUCAUUCGGUAUGUUUUGGAUCAAAGAACAACUAGAAGAAUUUCGGCAAAUGGAAGAGGAGUUUUCAUUACCGGAUGUGAUACAGGACUUGGCUACUUGUUUGCAAAGCAUUUCGAUGAGAUUGGCUUUACCGUGUUUGCUGGAUGCUUACACAAAGAAGGCGAAGGAGCAGUCACCUUGCGAUCACAGUCGUCGAAUAGGCUUCAUGUAGUCCCCAUUGAUAUCACAGAUGAUAAAAGUGUUGAAGAAGCCUUUCAAUAUGUGACACAAAAUAUGCCCAGUACUGGUCUAUAUGGUGUAAUUAACAAUGCAGGAAUGAACAUGUAUGGAGAGGUGGAGCUGACGCCGAUUUCUAUUUACGAAAAAGGCUUUAACGUGAAUUUUUACGGAGCCAUUCGUGUAAUGAAGAAAUUUCUUCCACAAAUAAGGCAGACUAAAGGAAGGAUUAUUAACAUUACGAGUGUUCAUGGUCGGUUGAGCAGAGCAUGUCAGUCUAACUAUGAGACGGCAAAGCACGGGAUUGAGACUCUCUCUGACUCUCUUAGAUUGGAGAUGAAAAAGUUCGAUGUGAAGGUCAUCGUCAUAGAACCAGGAAUGUAUGGAUUAUGUACGUCGGUCCAGUCGAAGGAAAUGACACAGAGAAACAUAAAUGAAGUAGAGGAGAUGUGGAACAGCGCACCGAAACACAUAAAGAAAGAUUACACAAGAGAAUACAUGCUCUCGUGGUUGCCUAAACCUAUGGCUGAGUGGCCACCGAAACACCAUGCAUCAUUGCCAGUAGUAUUGGCAGCUGAUCAUGCUAUGUGCAGUGACACACCAAGACCAAGAUAUCUAGUAGAUGGAUAUGGAAAUCGACUUUCGUUUAUAGAUGAUUUUGCGGUACAAGCUAGGUUACACAAUAUAUUGCCGACGUGGAUUGUUGAUAUGUGGAAGGUUGCUGAUCACAUGAAAAAUUAACGACAACUGUACUAGGUAGAUCAAUUACAAAGCAGAGAAAUUAGUUUAAAGCAGAUAUAGCGUCCAGUUUGCCGCUGACCGACAAGACACAAUAAAAACAGGACGGCAGCUUACUCGGGGAUCUUGCAAUGGAUGUACUACUCGAAUUAAUGAAUUUCUUAUAACAGAUGUAUUAUCAUAUGUGACAUCAGUUGCCUACAGCAAUGCUGCUUAAGAUAGCAAAACAGUUUAUAUUCAUUGUAACCAAAACAUAUGUAUGGAAACAGUCAACGUAUAAAUCAUUGUUCGUGUACCAAUGUUUUAAGCUUCUCAAAAUUUACUGAAACUACAUUUUUACAUUGAUCUACUAUCUGAUUAUAAUAUAUAUCGCACGUAGCGUAAAGGCAUGUAUUUUCUUUACUAAAUUCUUUCACUUUGUUUGGAAUAGAGAAAUUUACUACAUGCAACAAGGUGCAUCUACAAAGGUUUUUAUCUUCUAAACCGUUUUAUGUAAAACAUGAAAAAUAUUGUGUAAAUAAUACAUAUCGGAAUAUAUAAUUCUAGUACAUAAAUUCUGUAUUAGGCCGAAAGAAUUAUAUAUUACAAAGUUGACUACUACUGAACAAUAUAAAUGUUUUGAUGCUUUUUUGAGACAUUAAUUCUACAGUUAUUUCGUAUAAUUGUUUGUUCAGUUUAACGUCACACUGUACCAGUUAUAGGUCAAUCUUAUCUUUAUGGAAAAUCUCCGAGACUUUCUUCAGGCACAGGUUGGCGAUUGGGUAGAACUACUGACCUUCGCAAGCCAGUUGAAUGUCUUCCUCACAUGAAAGAUUUCUACACCAUAAACAAGAUUUCGAACCAACAGCAGUGAGGGAUAAGUGUUUUCGAUGCAUGCCUCAACUUUAAACAGUCGGCCAUUGAAAUACAAAACUGAAUUCGGGAUUUAAAAGUAGUUACUUUUACAUUUUAUCUAAUGAUUGAAAUUAACAGGUAAAGAGAAAUGGUUCUUGAAAAUUUUAGACAGGCACGAAACGAUCAAUUGACAUACAUGAUCAGGCUAGUUUCAAUAUGUAAUACGUGACCGAUUCAGUUUAAUUUUAUCAUAAGCAUUUUAACUAUGAUUAAUUUAAGCAAUUAUAAAUCAAAUACUACAAGUAUAUGUUUCUUUUUAAUCACAUUUUUUCAGCAUAACAUAUAUUUGUCCUACAUAAACACGAACAUGCCAUUAAACAAGUUUAUUGUUGCAGAUAAGCAGUCGGCACAUGCACAUCGCAGAUAUACAUAAAUUGCUAGAAGUAGAAUUUAGAGAUCCUAAAGUGGCUGUUAAACUUUACAUUUUAAAAUCAGAAACCAGUUGA